GACAUAACUUCCACUCUGAUUAACGGCGGGUGACUGUACUUCUAAGGUAGUUGUUACGCAUUUCGACUUGAGGGACGACUUGCUCUACAGACAUUUUACGUCGAUAAACACAUAUUAUAGACCGACAUGUAUCAGACUGCAGUGUGUCUCCUUGUGGGACUGUUAGCUAUAUCAGUUAACGGUCAGUUACCUGAAAUCGUUGGUGAGAUUUUUCCUGAAGUGAAACCAGUAGGAAGUACGGGAUAUCUAAACUGCACCGUGGUGAACCAACAAGAAGGUCAGAAGGUAUGCUGGCAGAAGGGGAAGAUGGAUGAUUCCAGUAUCGCCACAUUUGACAUAAGUGAGGAUGAUCGUAUCCUUGUUGCAAACAACAUCGCCCAAGGGGAGCGGGAGGAUUCAGGGGAGCCGAAAUACGAGAUCAUAGUGUCGAAACUCGGACUUCGUACAAGAUACACCCUAAUCGUACGAGUACUGUCAGACGAGGAUUCUGGGUUUUACACCUGCUUUAUUCGCCAGCAGAAUCAGAACUGGGAAACAUGGCCGAGUAAACUUGGAGAACUCAUGGUUCAAGUGGCUCCUGUUAUGUCCAAAAUCAUGGAGAGUGUUUACGAGAGAGCGGUCGGCGGAAACAUCACCCUGGCUUGUUUAACCUUUGGAAACCCGGCACCAAACAUCACCUGGAAGAGAGAGGAUGGUCACAGGCUCCCAAACGGCAACUUCCAGUCACGGGGCGCCAAUCUAAGUUUGAUCAACCUCAAUAAGAAAGACCGUGGUAACUACAUUUGCGUGGCUGACAAUUCUGUCCGACCCCCAGCAAGAUUCACAGUUGAAGUCAAAAUCUUUUAUUCUCCGAGCUGCCGUGCGGUACAGGAUACGGUCGGGCAGGCUCAGAACAGACGAUUCAAUGCUAAGCUUGAGUGUAUAGUGGAAGGUUACCCAACGCCAAGCAUGCAUUGGGAGAAGCUACAGAAUGGCCGACGUAUGAUGAUCAAUGAUGGAGAUGAUUACAGGACGGAGAAGAUGUCGUCGGCUGUGACUCUGAUUUCUGACACGUGGUAUGCGCUGAAGGUGAAGAACGUCCAGGCCAAUGACUACACAGAGUACUACUGUGUUGCCAAUAAUAAAUAUGGUACCAAUUAUACCACCAUCAAACUGUUCGAGACCAUGGACUGUCAAGGACCAAACUGUCCGUCUAUCAGCCUUGGGGGGGCGAGUGGCCUCGCUGCAUGUACACUUACAAUGUUCGUCACCUUUGUCCUCAUCCACCUUUUCAAAUACUGACCACACUGUCAUACACUACACACACACUGUAAACGACAGAAUCAGAAGGAUAUAGAAAUGUUUAUAAAGACUUUGAUGUGGUGUGGGAACAAAUCUUCUCAUUUAACUCCUCUUAUACUGACCACACUGCCAUACACUACACACACACUGUAAACGACAGAAUCAGAAGGAUAUAGAAAUGUUUAUAAAGACUUUGAUGUGGUGUGGGAACAAAUCUUCUCAUUUAACUCCCCUUAUACUGACCACACUGCCAUACACUACACACACACUGUAAACGACAGAAUCAGAAGGAUAUAGAAAUGUUUAUAAAGAUUUUGAUGUGGUGUGGGAACAAAUCUUCUCAUUUAACUCCCCUUAUACUGACCACACAUCACAGACACACAAUUUCUUUUUCCAAAGACCUGUUGUUAUGGUGCUUAAAAUGCUUUGAUAGGAAGUUAGUGGAAACAAAACUAAUCGGUCAGAUUGCCGUUGAUGAUGUUUAUACUUUAAUUACUUCUGACACAGACGGGCUAUUGAUAUAGAUACAUAUUCAGCAAAGUGGCUACACCUAUCAACACAUCAUCAUAUAAUAUACAAACUCCAUGAAAAUAUUAUCGCAUUCAUUAACCCAAUUUACACUAUAUCUAUGCUUCACAUACUGAUAGGCUUCACAUAAUGAUACACCUUACACACGUACCACAUAAACAGCUUCACGCCCCACAGGGCCCACACCUACAUUCAUCCUGCAAUGUAACAAGGGAUGUCAAGAUUCAAAGUUGAAUACAGUUGGAAACAGUUUUAGAGAAACGAGUCACACUUGCAAAAAAUACACACUUUUUUUUGUAUUUAGCAGAGUGAGAACACACUCAUUUCUGUGUGGUGAUAAAUAUAAUCAAAUAGAACCCACUAGUAAUGAGGAUAGUAUGUAACCGCCCAUUGUAUUGAAACCUGUACUAAAAGGGUUGAAAGGUCAUUGUUCAGUGUAUUUAUAAUGUGAAGGAGGAUAAUAUCGAGUGUUGAAACGAGAUAGGAGGAAUAUUCUGAGGGUAGACAGACACCACAUAUGAGGAAUCUUCUGAGGGUAGACACCACAUAUGAGGAAUCUUCUGAGGGUAGACACCAGAUAGGAGGAAUCUUCUGAGGGUAGACACCAUGAGAUAGGAGGAAUCUUCUGAGGGUAGACACCAUGAGAUAUGAGGAAUCUUCUGAGUGUAGACAGACACCACAUAUGAGGAACAAUUCUGAGGGUAGACACCAGAUAUGAGGAAUCUUCUGAGGGUAGACACCAGAUAUGAGGAAACUUCUGAGGGUAGACACCAGAUAUGAGGAAUCUUCUGAGGGUAGACACCAGAUAUGAGGAAUCUUCUGAGGGUAGACACCAGAUAUGAGGAAUCUUCUGAGGGUAGACACCAGAUAUGAGGAAUCUUCUGAGGGUAGACACCAGAUAUGAGGAAUCUUCUGAGGGUAGACACCAGAUAUGAGGAAUCUUCUGAGGGUAGACACCAGAUAUGAGGAAUCUUCUGAGGGUAGACACCAGAUAUGAGGAAUCUUCUGAGGGUAGACACCAGAUAUGAGGAAUCUUCUGAGGGUAGACACCAGAUAUGAGGAAUCUUCUGAGGGUAGACACCAGAUAUGAGGAAUCUUCUGAGGGUAGACACCAGAUAUGAGGAAUCUUCUGAGGGUAGACACCAGAUAUGAGGAAUCUUCUGUGGGUAGACACCAGAUAUGAGGAAUCUUCUGAGGGUAGACACCAGAUAUGAGGAAUCUUCUGAGUGUAGACACGAGAUGGGAGGAAUCUUCUGAGUGUAGACACCAGAUAGGAGGAAUCUUCUGAGUUUAGACACCAGAUAUGAGGAACAAUUCUAGCUGGUGUUUGAGCUUAAGUGAGGUACAUGGUUAUAACACUGAAACAAAACGGCAUAACCACGUCAUCACUCGCUACCGACUACGACAUCAGGACGGCUUACUAUGGAAGUACCCAAAUUAUUUUCUUGGAAAGUCUGCUAGGUCUACUUAAAAUUGGAACUGAAAACUUGUUCUAAGGACGUGCCUUCCAUAGCACAUGUGUUGUGACUAUCGUCCUGCUAAAUGUUGUGUGCAAUUAUGACCCGUGUGAAUUUAAGUUGUCUUUAUAUCUUUGUUUAGCUCUAAAUUCCCAUAAAACCUGAUAAUGUAUCUUUACAUUUACAAACAAUCAGCGCCCGAUUUUUACAUCAAAUCAUGCAAAAGUAAAUAAAACUACAAAAAACUUGUUGUGUUUCCCGGAGUUUGAACAGAAUAUUCAUUUUUAAUUUAAAGCUAAAAAGAUGUGUUGCAGGAAAAUUUUCAUAAUAGUCUUGGUGAAAUCAUUUGGAAAACAAUAAUUCAAAUAUAACUUGUCUAUUGUGUGUUCUGUAAAUCUGGGAAGAAUUUUCUAGGAUUUCUUAUUUUACUUAACAUUCAUUGGAUAAGAACAUGGAACAUUAGGAGACAGUUUUACCAAGGAUGGAACACUAAGUCUUAAGCUUUGUUAUCUACUUGAUUCAAAAUAUUUUUAAUUGUAAUAAUAUGUUUAUUCCGUUUCGUUUUACUUUUUUUUUAACGUCAAUAUUUUCAUUAUUCCAGACAUGUGAAUUUAUAUCAAUGAAGGAGUGAUUAUGUUUUUUUUCAUGUUUUAAAACAAUUUUUGAUAUUGCAUAUUUGUCUGUACAUUCCUCGUGAUAAAAUGUACGACCACAUUAAAACAAUUCUAGACCAAUAGAGGUUUUGGUAGCUAACAAAUAUUGUAUAAGAAUGCAUUAACAUUACAUUACAUUAAAUCACACUCACUUUUAAUUAUAUCAUAUCAAAGUGUUUUUUUCGAACUCUUCUUUCAUUCCAUACUCGUAAAUAACAUGUUAGGACAUUUUAUUUUUUCGCGCGAAUGGUGAGGUGCAAGUAUUUUUUCUCCCGCUCAUGCUAUAAUAAAUAUAGAAAAAUAUAGAAAAGGGCAAACAUCAGAUUUAUUCCCUACAAAACAUAGCUGCAAUAAAUGUUAAUUUGGUCUUAGCCAAUUGAUGACAAGUUAUGGAUUAAAAGAAAUCAAAGGGAGAUAAUGAAAAAAAAAUCGAAGUUUUACUGGGUAUGAGGCAGCAUAUAUAGUAGAAACAUAUUAAUACAUUUAUUUGAGGUAACUUAACAUUUUUUAAUUUGGGUUUCUAAAUUUCAAAAUGAUAGUUUUUCACUUAGCACUGGUAAAGGUUAACCUGCUAUAAAGAGUUGCCCUUCGGUCGAUGACUAUGUGUCAAAGCUAUUCAAUGAAUAUGUAGAAAAUAGUGAUGUUUAUCUUUUCAAUGAAUUAUGUGUUGAUUCAAUCGUGGAUGAUGCACCAUUUACCCUAAUUCUAGGGCAUGCGCACAGAGAAUUAGACCUGUUAUCCUAGGCAUCGUUUGUAAUUUCGUUUUUGUUUUAUUAUUAUAAUGUUUUGUUUGAGAGUACUUUCAAUCCUUUGUAAAUGUAUAUAUUAAUACCUGUGUUUUAGCUCUGUACAUUCCAUCUUAUUUUAGUUUGUGUAACUUAAGACUGUUUUAUUAAUUGUACGAAUGAUAAUUUUAUCUGCCGAGGGAAAAUGUACGCGAUAGUAAUAAGUUUAGGUGUCUACAUGGUAAUUAUAUGCUCACAUUGCGUAUUGUGAUUUCCCUCCGAUCUGAAAUAACAUUUAACCAAAUUUUUAAUUUUUAAUUUUACUUAAAAAAAUCAGUUUGUUUGGAGACAAUUUACUGUGUGUCUUUUGUCGACAUUUAUAUUGUGUAAUGUUAUUUUAAACUUAAAAUUACUAAGUAAGGCAGCCAUGUUAUUACAACUGGUAUAUGACUGAUUGAUUGUCACAAGUCGAAAUUUUUGGUGAAAAUGGUACAUUUUUUUCAAAACAUAAUUUUCGUUUUAAAAUGAGAGUUUUUUGUGUAAUGUCUUUUCUUUUUAGAAUGACAGACAAUAAAUUGUGUACAUUUUUAAUGACAGGUUAUAAACUAUGUAAUGU